AUGGGUCUCGCCUACAACAUCUAUCUGAACGCCAAACGAAUCUACGGCUGCAAGAACUGCAAAACCCACCUCGCCGACCACGAUGAAAUCAUAAGUAGGAAUUUCCGCGGCCAACACGGCAAAGCCUACCUCUUCAACUCCGUCGUGAACAUCCAACAAGGCGAAGCCGGCGAACGCAACAUGACCACGGGCCGCCACGUCGUCCGCGACAUCUGCUGCCGCCAAUGCAAAGAGGUAGUGGGGUGGAAGUACGACCGCGCCUACGAGUCGACGGAGAAGUACAAGGAGGGCAAGUACAUUCUGGAGCAGGAGUUGUUAUGCCAGGUGAACUGA